UACAGCCCAGACAGCGUGGCCGGAGCAGACGGAGACACUGACCCCACCGAAAUCACCUUUCCGGGAUGCUCUUGUCUCGCCAGCUCCUGUGUGGUUCACGCGUGCUCCUGUCUUUGCCGCGGCGCAAAUUACAACAGCUUGUGCCUCAGGCCUACAGGGGAAGAGGAGGAGUACGCCAGGCCUGUUUUUGAGUGCAAUGCCAUGUGCCAGUGUGGUGAAUCCUGCCAGAACAGGGUUGUGCAGAGGGGUUUGCAGUUCAGGCUCGAGGUAUUCAAGACUGAGAAGAAAGGGUGGGGUGUCCGCACUCUGGAGUUCAUAGCGAAAGGAAGGUUUGUUUGCGAAUACGCUGGUGAAGUUUUAGGCUUUGAUGAGGCACGUAGAAGGAUUGAGGCCCAGACACCAAAGGAUUCCAACUACGUUAUAGCGGUGAGGGAGCACCUCCACAGCGGCCAGGUAAUGGAGACCUUUGUGGACCCGACGUACACUGGUAACGUAGGCAGAUUCCUGAAUCACUCCUGUGAACCAAAUUUAUUUAUGGUGCCAGUUCGAGUUGACUCAAUGGUGCCUAAACUGGCACUUUUUGCAGCCACUGAUAUUUCUGCCGGAGAGGAACUUUCAUACGAUUAUUCUGGAAGAUUCCAUAAUUUACCGAUAAUGAACAGAGAACAAAAAUCUUUAGAGGAAGACAACAGGUGGAGAAAACCUUGCUACUGUGGUUCCCGCACGUGUGCUUCCUUCUUACCUUGGGACAGCUCCCUCUUUCCCACACCAGACACUUGUUCAGGGAGCUCUCCAUAG